AUGGGUGACGUCAAUGUGGCAGGAAUAAUCAGCAUCAUUAUUUUUUAUCUCCUCAUUUUGGCUAUUGGAUUAUUUGCUGCAUGGAAGAAAAAUAAAAACACUUGCAAAGCGACUUCAGUAGAAGAAGAAACCAACGAGGUUAUUUUAGCAGGGAGGAGCAUUGGAUUACUUGUAGGAUGUUUCACCAUGACAGCAACGUGGGUUGGUGGUGGUUACAUUAAUGGUACCGCCGAGUCGGUUUAUACUUCUGGUUUAUCAUGGGCACAAGCGCCAUGGGGAUAUGCAACAAGCUUAGCUAUAGGUGGACUGGUAUUCGCUAAACCAAUGAGGGAAGCCAAAUAUGUCACUAUGUUAGAUCCUUUACAGCACAAGUAUGGUAAAGUAAUGGGUGCCUUCCUGUACAUACCUGCUUUUCUUGGCGAAACGUUUUGGUCUGCUUCAAUUCUUGCUGCUUUGGGUGCCACCUUAUCUGUCAUCCUUGGACUGGAAAUGAACGUUUCCGUAGUCAUUUCCGCCUGCAUUGCUGUUGGUUAUACGUUUUUUGGAGGGCUAUACGCGGUGGCUUUUACAGACGUUGUGCAGCUAGCAUGUAUCACAGUUGGCUUAUGGUUAACAGUACCCUUUGCAUUAAAGUAUGAGAAAGUAGAAAAUAUUAUUGAUACAAGCAGUGUCUGGGUGGGAACUAUCGAAAAAGAAAAAGCGGGCUUAUGGGCAGACUAUGCCAUGUUAUUGAUAUGUGGAGGCAUACCAUGGCAAGUGUAUUUUCAAAGAGUGCUUUCUUCUAAAACUCCACGACAAGCACAAUUUCUAUCUUUCGUGGCAUCAUUUGGUUGCUUUGCAUCAGCUCUACCAGCUGUGUUAAUAGGUGCUGCUGCACGGUCAAUGGAUUGGACAAAUGUGACAAACAGUGGCUUAGAUGUGAUAAGUGAAAAUGGAACAAUUGUUGACACACGCUUGGUGCUUCCUAUGGUGCUGCAGUAUUUAACACCUGGUUGGGUGUCUUUCAUUGGUUUGGGAGCUAUCUCAGCUGCAGUGAUGUCAUCUGCGGAUUCGUCAGUUUUGUCAGCUAGUUCAAUGUUCGGGCAUAAUAUAUACAAGUUGAUAUUUAGGCCAAAGGCUUCAGCAAAAGAAAUCAUUUGGGUUAUUCGAAUCGGAAUUGUUGUUGUUGGAGGAUUCGCCACGUUAGUUGGGUUGACUGUAAAAAGCAUAUACGCCCUUUUUCAUUUGUGUUCUGAUCUUGUUUUUGUUGUGCUGUUUCCACAACUUGUUGGUGCGGUUCAUGUUUCUUUUGUUAACACCUAUGGAUCAAUUGUAGCGUACGUGAUUGGUUUAAUAUUGCGAAUAACUGGAGGAGAAAGUUUGAUUGGUUUACCAGCUGUAAUUAAAUACCCGUUCUACGAUUACAAAAGCGACCAUCAAAACUUUCCGUUUCGAACAAUGGCAAUGAUUAUAUCUUUUCUUCUUUUAUUGAGCGUGUCUUACUUGACGAAUUAUCUAUUCGAUAAUGGUGUUUUGUCAGAAAAAUAUGACUUCCUUCAUACCCUGGAAAGAAGAGAGAAAAAGAAAGGUUUAUCCCAACCCACUGAGAUACCAAUGCAAGAGAAGUUUACUAAGAAGGUCUAUACGUAUGACAACUCCGGAAUGAACAGAGAUAGCUAGAAACACGUGGAAUAGAAAUGUUAUUUGUUAAUAAAAACAAUCCGUGCUUGUUAAAAUAAUGUCUGUUGAAAUAUUUACCAAGAAUACUGGACGUGAACAAACAAUAUAAACCUCACAGACUAUCCAAAUCUUAAAGUAUAUAAACUUUUUUUAUGUGUAUAAAGUAGUUGUUUUUGUUUUUAUUACUGUAGGAAACAAUACCUUAUUCCAAUAAUAAAUAAUAUUUUUAUUUAAAAUCUU